CGAACGGUCGCUGGCGGAGCCAAUCAGCGCGCCGCGUGCUGCUGACGUCAGCCGUUGCGGCCUGGCGGGGCUGGAGAUGGCAGGGAAGUGGUGACGGGGCUGACGGAGAGGCGGUUGUACUCGGCGCUGUCUGUCGGCUCACUCCCCCCGCCCUGCCCGCCGCUGUCACCCGGUAUCCCCCCCCCAGGCGGUGAGCUGUGUCCGGUGUCACCAUGAAGCCGGCCGCCCCGCUCGCUGUGUGCCUGCUGUGCCUGGCCGGCCUGGCCCUGGCCAUUCAGGAGGAGGACGGCAACCACCGGGAGCCCCCACUGCCGCAGAAACCCGAGCCGGCCGCGCGAGCCGAGGUGAGAGCAGCACCCGCUGUAAUGGGAGACAGAGAGGGAGACACAGGGAGGGAGACAGAGAGGGAAUGGGAGUCUUAAAGGGACACUGUAUGCACUGUAUCUGCUUCAUUUCAUUACACUGAUUAUAGUGCCCAGAGUUCCCAAGUUCCGUAAUUUCAUUCAGCAUUAUACAGUUUUCCAUAUUUUUAUGUUUCAAUGCUAAAUUAGAGACCCCAGCAGCCCCUCCCCUCUGUGCUGCUUUGGCAAUGAGGAAGUACUAGCAUGAGCAGCAAUGGGCAGCUGUGAUUGGCUGAGAGUGUCAGCUGUCUGUUUUCAGAGCUCCAACUAACUGAAGGGUAUGACUUCAAGGAAGUGAGUAAUCUCUGCCUUGGCCACACCUCCAGAAGAGGCCGGACUGUGGGUGGCCUCAAUCCCUUAUUUAGUGUUAAACAGCUCUAAAAUGGUUUAUGCCAGGAGAUUUCAGGCAUCAUAACCAAGUCAAAGAGAUGAAAUGAUUAUAGUGAGUACAGUGUCCCCUUAAUGGCGGACAGGGGGAGUCUGUGUACGGACACCGUGAGACCAGGUCACAUGUAAAGGGCAUCUGACACUCACUGAAUGGACAUCGCAGGAAGGAAACAUGAUACACUUGGUAGACAAAGAUGGAUAAAUGUGACUGGCAGGGGGAUCACACACUGACUGGAAGGGGGUGGUGGGCAUGGGAUCACACUGACUGGCAGGGCGUGGCGGUGUGACGGACAGUGCAGUAGAGGACCCCAGAUAUCAGUGCUGCAUCAUGACAUACACAUGUCCUGGUUAUAGACUGGUGAGUAAAAUACUUUGACAGUAGCUGCCAUGAAAAAAAAUUCUCUCCCUUCGUUGAUAAGCCAGGAGAGGUGCUGAGGUGAUACAAUCACUUUCUCUCCCAAGCUUCUCUCUUGACAUGUUAAUAAUGGUCGAGAGGCUGAAUUCAGAAUAUGUGCUGCCCCAGGUUGUAACUCACUCUUACAGGGUGUUCUCCUCCUCAUAAACCUAAUACUUCUAGCACUGGCUACAGUAGUAUAGAAGCAGUGUGACUGAUGCUACUCUGUACUGGCAGUGAUGCCAACGUGUCGGUGUCACUGAGAAGUUUACCAUGCUGGAAGAAGUGUUCCUGGGCAGAGCAUAUCAAAUUAGAGUGCAGACCAUUUCCAUUGUAGGGACACUCUUACCCUAAAAGUUUCAGCCCUGAGGUUAUUCUUGAGAAAAAUGGUACAAGAGGAAUUAAUAAGUAAGCAGAGGUGUUGGCACUUAACUCUUAAAGGUAAGGUGGCUCCCGGAUACUCCUGCCGCCUUAAAAACUUCACUGAGCUGAAGUUGUUACGGAUGUGGGAUUAUUCCUUAAACGCGAACUGGAUAGGAAGUAAAAAAUAAUAUAUAUAUAUAUAUAUAUAUAUAUAUAUAUAUAUAUAUAUAUAUAUAUAUAUAUAUAUAUUUUAACUGUACAAAAGGCAGGGAAGGGCUAAGGACCACGUGCCAGGACUACAUCUUACAUUUGGCUACUUAGUACUUGAAAUUCUGAGCCUUGCUUAAUGUAACAUGACGACCACUACUGUUCAUAUGUAGCCAAGGCUCUACGGGAUUUGACGAAACCUGUGGCACUUCACCUCAGCUGCACUGGAAUGUGGAAUUUACACUGCUGUACAAUACUUUCAUCAAUAGAGUGAGGGUAAUUGGAAAGCAAUACAGGAAAACUGGUUACACCUGUAUGAACAAACAGUAGAUAUUGAGGCAGCAGCUUGUAUGUAGUGUAUUCAGUCAAAGUUAUGAUAUAAUUUUGAAAAGUCAAAACAAGUAUGUGUGUAAAUAAAUCACAUUAAAGGAACUCUAUAGUGUUAUGCACAGCUGUAUUCCAAACACUAUAGUGUUCCUCUGUCCCUCCCCAUAGCAGUUAAAGGGUUAACCAAAAAAACCCUUCUAAAUACUCUCCUCUUUCUAGCACCAAAGUCUAUUGGCACUGGCUCCACAUACUCAAUUGCCACCAUCUAGGGGGAUCCUAAUGCGCAUGGGUGGUGAGUUCCACAUUGAAUCAAUGCUUUCCUAUUGGUGAUUUGAAGACACUGGAUGAUGUCCUCGUGCAAAACAUGAGUAUGUCUUGUGUGGUUUUACAGAGUUAAAGAACAUAAUGGUAUACAGUCACUAGUGGCAGUCUUAACCCUGCAAUACCGAUACUCCUCACUUACUGACCGGGUUUUGUUCUUACGACCCUGGUCAGUGAGGAUGCGUGCAGGUCUAUGUUCGGUGCAGAGCAGGGAAUCUCUUGAAUCUAUGUUCGAGGAGCAUUCUCUGAAUAUGAAUUAGAUUGAUUCCCUGCUCUGGUGUGUUUUUCUAUGUACGGGGAAAUUUAAAUCCCUCUAAUCUACGGGGAAAAUUCCCCGAACAUAGACCAGGCAGUGAAUCCCUCUAAUCUACGCUCAGUGAAAAUUCCCCAAACAAUGACCAGCUCUCUAACGUGGGGAAUCCCUUGAAUCCCCACGCUAGAGAGCUGGUCGUAAGUGUGAGAUGUCGUAAAACAGGUAGGACAUAAAGUGAGGACCACCUGUAUAAACAUUUGUAGUUAAGGGGAUUGGGGGCAUUAAGACCACUUCAAUGAGAUUCAAUGGUCUGGGUGCCUAUGGUGUCACUUUUCAAAUGGCAAGCCUCUUCUUGGUCAAGGAAGUAUUUGCCAUUCCGUUUAGUUCAAUUAAAUUGUGGGCCACUUCCAGCUUGUUUUUAACUUAAAUAUUAUGCCUUUGUCAUAGUUAUUAAAGCUUGUUGAGCCUGUUCUGGCUGCUAGAUUAAAAUUAAGUCUGCAUUUGACCCGUACAAUAUUGGUUUUAAUUACAGUUGUUUGCUUUUCUAAAUUCCUAAUAAAAGUCAGUUGUUUGCAUGUUGUUAAGAGCUUUUGUUAAUCUUUGACUUGGGUUCUAAACAGAACUGGGAAAUUUCCAAAAGCUUGUAUUUAUUUUUUCAAAAUCCCAUUUUAUAUUUUAAAGUGGCCAUGUUAUUUGUAAGCUUUUUUUUUUUUUUUCUUUCUUUAAACAUGAGAUCUUUAUGAAAAGUUCUUUUUGGCUGUGUUGGGAUUUCUGUGAAUUUCCAACGCAAUUAAAAGCUAUACAUGAGACAACAUAGGGAUCAAUUUUUUUGCCAGUACCCAGAACAGGCACUGUGACGGACCUCCUUCAAUCGCGGCUUCCUAGUACUUGUGAGUACCAUAAGCACUGCACUGAAACACCAUAACCACCGUAAACCCCACAAACCGCCGCAGCUUGGUUAGGGUCUCGCCGUCCUCUACCCACCCUGGACCCAAGACCAGGAUUCAGCUUCUAGUAGGUAGACCUCUUCUAGUCUAGAGAGCGUAGCAAGAACAGCUCUUACAAGAGCUUAGUGAUGGUACUCAGGGGAGUUUAGUGAUUAUAGCAAUCCCCAGAAUGAAUGUAGUUCUCCAAUCCCCUAAGCAUGAGCCUAGACUUCAUGAAGGGUAAAACAAGUGUGUUUAAUGGAAGACACAGCUGGCCUUUUAUGCAAGUCCCCAAGCAAGCUAUAAACCCACAUGGACCUUGUGGGGGACAGGGACACAAAGCUUACAAAUCAGAUCAGUAAUUAAAUGUGUGACACUCCCACACACAGCACACAAUCCCUCCCCUCUGCUUGGUUGAUAAUUGAGUAAAGUACAGAAUAACUUAAUUAUCUCCAGGCAUGAAAACCACAAAUUUAUAAAGUCUCAUAAGUACCCAAAACACAACAUAUCCCCAUAAAAGUCACACCCCCUAAUAGCCCUGAUCUGGGUGAACCACAUAAUCCAAAAAUCACCCAGAUCAGAGCAGGGGUUCAGGAACAUGGUCCCAUGCCCAAAACAGUUCCAGAGAAUUAGUGCUAACGGUCGGUCUCUCUGUCUGGAGUACAAAAGUACAUACUUCACAUCAAGAAAACAGGUCUGAAAUAUUAGCAGAGACAAGUGACAAGUCAAAGUUAAAAAGAAAAGCACACAAUACUACCCAAUCUUCUCAAACAAAGAAAAGAAAAUACAAUGACCGCUACUUAUCAUUUGGAUUCACACGUGCCAGGAAAAAAAAAAUUAGAAAUUCUCAAGCACUAUGCUUACUUUGCAAGAAAAUAUUGUCAAACCGUCGUUAGCAGCUGAUAAAUUACGUCUUUAUUUUGAGCAAAACCACGCUGAGUACAAAGAUAAAAACAUUGCCUUUUUUUUUUUUUUAAACAAAAGCUUCAGGAUUCUCAUAAGGCUAAACAGUUUAUGAGCAAAAUAUUUAAAAAUGAUAAUAUAAAAGCCACUUAUUAAAAGGCUUGUGCUAUGGUGCAAAACGUUUUUUCGGGGGUUCAAUGAUGUUGGUAUACUAUGUCAAAGGGUUCCACGGGAAAUAUUUAAUUGGGAACCCCUGGCCUAGAGCAAAGAAUCUCAGGAAUUUUGGAUGAGACUGGUGUAUGGGAAUCUCAUAGUAGGCAUUCUUUAAAUCUAUUUAGGUGAUCUAAUUUCCUUGAUGUAUUGUCCAUCUUAUGGAAGAGAUCUUGAAGGACAUAUUUUUGAGGAAGACUUUGAUUCUUUUUGAGUCUAGGAUUAGUCUCCUCUUUCCCUGGGGCUUAGGCACCAGGAAUACAUUUGAAUAAAAUCCUUUAUAUCUUUCUUAAAGGGGGAACGUGUAUGAUGAAUUCUUUAGUUAUGAGUUGUUUAAAGUUGUUUAAUACACUUCUGUCAUGACCUUUUGCUUUAUGUCUGGAGAAUUGAUCAGUGGAAAUUGAAGGAUUCCGGAUACCCUUGGAAACCCAGUCUGUAACAGUCUUUGAUUUGAAUAAUGAUUAGAGCCCAGUGGUCCGAUAUGAAGUUGUCCCAAACUGGAAAGAAUAUUUUGAGAUUGCCUCCAACUAUUCCACUCUGGACCUUCAAGUAUUCAUGAGGUUUUAGAGGGUUGUCUGGAUCCUCUUGAGGAAGAAGUAGAUUGCUGGUAGAUCCACUGAGAGUAUCUAAAAUACUACCUUUCCGGCUUAUAUGACUUACUGUUACAAAAUGCCCUUUCUCUGAUACGUUUGCUUCUCCAUGAACUAUUAUAUGGUUUCCUGAUGACCUUUCUUUGAGGAAGAAAAGCCUUUUUAUUUACCUGCUGUCUUUUUUUUGUAUAGCUUCGUUUAACAUUUUACCAAAGAAACGAUCCCCCAGAUUGGUAGGACACAAAGAUUAGCUUUUGAUGCAAAGCCCAUUCCUCAGGAAUAGCACUUUUAGCCAAUCCUUGAGUAAAAUCUAGAGCUGAUUUACACAAUAUGUGGUUAGCUUUAAGACUUUAACUAGAUUUAAUAAGAUAUAUUCUCUGCUGACCCAACUGGUUGUGUCUAAUCCCAAAUUAUCAAUCCAGACUUUCACUUUUAGUAACCUACUGCUGUUUAUAAUCCUUAUCCAAUAGCCAGGUAUGUUUUUACCAAGUUUGAGUCCAUUGUCUUUUCCAUAGGUGCUUUUAAGUAUGCCAUACUGUAGGGUGCAUAAAAUGGGUGUAGACCAUUCAGAAUGAAUUGGGUCUUUUAUAGUUGCUUGUAUUCAGCAGAAAUGAAGGUUUGGAAGAUUUCAGAUCUUCAAACCAAGUAUCUGAAGGAGACAAUUAUGAUCAUUCUUGUAUUGUGAAGGUAUACCUCACCAAAUAAAUUAACUUGUCUAUCUUCCUGCAGUCUAAAGAUUUUUUUUCAAGAUUUAUAGGAUUUCUCUUCUGAGAACAAUUCCUGCAUUGCUUGAGGUUGCAGACUUGACUCUGAAGAGACAGAAGCUUCUGUGGGUCUUUUCAAUGGACCCAUCGGAUCCUCAUCUACUGAUCGAAAAUCUUCUGCAAUGACUUUGGAUAUUGAUUUAUUUUUUUAAGUCAGUCUGCGAUAAACUUCAGCUCGACUGUCUAUCUGCAAGUUCUUCCAUAUAUUGGAAGCACCGGUUCUUCCCCUCAGGGGGUUUAGAUCCACAGUCCGUGCAGCGCUUAGAUUUCUGCUUCUUUUUCCUGGAAGAUGGUUCAUGGGGUAUUCUUGGGAUGAAAGUGAUAGGGCUAUAUUGUUAGUACUUAUAGGCCAUCACGGCCUCUUUUAAUUCCACCAGAUAGUGGACUUGCCCCUUAAAGUUAAAAGUAAAAAUAUAUGUACCUAUAUGGCAGGUUGAAAAAAGGCUUCACAAACUAAGGAUCGACUGAUAUUGUUGUGUGUUUUUUUUUGUUUUGUUUUUUGAGCCGAUACUGAUAAUCUGUGAACAUUUAGGCCGAUAGGUGAUAACUUACUGAUACUGAUAUUCUGUAAAUUUACCAUUUAAAAAAAUAAAUAAAUACCAGUAAAUACAACUCUAUCUAUGCUUGUUUUUAUUUAUUUUGGCAAUUUUUAUGGUUGUUGUUGUUGUUGUUGUUGUUGUUGUUGUUGUUGUUCAAAAUAUACGUGCCAGUCAGAAUGUUUUCAAGAAUAUGUGUGUAGUGGAUGUAGUGAGAGUAUUUGAUUAGUGGAUGUAGUAUGUGUGUGUUUAUGUAGUGGAUGCAGUGUGUAUAGUAAAUGCAGUCUAUGUUUGUGUAGUGGAUGCAAUGUGUAGUGUGUGUGUAUAGUGGAUGCAGUGUGUGUAUUUGUGUAGGUAUGUAAUGUGUGUAAAAUGGGGGGGGCUUCUUUAACUUAUAUAUAUUUUUUUUACAUUUUGUUUUAGUUCCCCCUCCCUGCUUCUUACCUGGCCAGAAAGAGGGAUAUGGCAUUCCCUGGGGGGCCCACGGUGGCCCAGCACACUCUUACUAACCUUCCCAGCAGCUCCCUUCAGCUCCCCUGUCUAACAACGCUGUCACAGCCGCGGAACUCGUGAGAGUUAGACAGAGGGCUACUGGGAAUGGAAGUAAGAGUGUGCUGGGAUCCCCAUGACCCUGAUGGCGGCCCUGGUAUGCAUUAUCGGCAUCUUUAUUGGCCGAUACCGAUAUUGCUGAAAAUACAGAAUAUCUGCCAGACAGAUGAUUGAUCCCUAUCAUAAACAAAAUAAUAGGCUUAAAUGCAACAUCAGAGAGCAUCAGAAAAUAGCAGAGAAGAUGGAUGGUUUCCCACACUUCCCCUUACUUCAGAGGAUAAACUGAAACUCUGAGUCCAUGCUGCUAAAAGUCACUAUUCAUAGAGAAUUCCCACGUUAAUAUAUAUUAAGAAACACAAACCAGUUAGUGCUGCCACUGCAGGUUCUUUAUUGGUUUCUUUAGGGGGAGAGAGGCUGAACUCCCCAUGGAAGAACCAUGUUAAACAUGGUAGCAUGCCCAGAAAAUAAAAAUAUAACAGGACCUGAAACAUCCCUGCCUGUAAUCUAGGGCAGGAAAAGACUCGGGGGUUCAGAUGAUAGAGGGUUUUAUUAACUAUGUCUGUCCUGAUAGCUGGCAGGAGCUAACCCAUAAGUGAUGAUGCCAUGUUUAGCGAUGAAAGAAGGCUUUUCAGUAUAAUUCUGGGACACCGGGUAGGCAUAACUUCUAUAUACUUUUCAGUGUUUAUUGGGUUUCAUAUCCAGUUGCCAUGCUAGAUAAGGUCAAUAUUUGCUUAAUAUUUGACGGUUUCUCUGUACUCUUUUACCGGUCGUAAGUGAUUUGAUUAAUGAAGGAAAUGAGCCUUGAACAAUUGUCGACAUAUGUGCUUGAAACCCCAUUAACAGCAAAUGUAUUGGCUCACGUGUAGUUAUCACAUGCGUACUAAAUGUAAAUCUAUCCACGGUGCUUACCAAAUAUGCAGUUGGCAUAGAGAGACUCGGUUAUAAAGACUGUAGUUGCUGUGUAUUUCCGUGUGUUCCCACAAUGCCUAGUGUGUAUUAGUAGUAGUAGUAGUAGUAGUAGUAUUUAUAUAGCGCCAACUUAUUCCGCAGCACUUUAUAAUAUUAUGAAAGGAGGGAAAUUUAACACAAUAGGAGACAUUAACAAAAUGAUACAGAAACAAUGGGUAGAUGAGGACCCUGUCCCCAACCUGCAGCAGAAACCUAGAUUCAAACUUCCAAUUAAAAAAAACACGUGGCUUAUACAUUUCUUGUGAAUUGACGUUCCCCCAUUUAUUAAGUGUUGUACUGUGUUUGACGUGAACCAAUCGUCUGUAUGUCCGUGGAAGACGGAUUCACUGGCAUUUCUCUGCUUUUUUUUUUUUUUUUUUUAAUUUUUACACUCAAACAUCGGAGUGUAAAAAUGUUUGAAUCCAGAAUUUGAUGUUGCCAAGGAUGUGCAUGUUUUAUUAAAACAUCUUUUUAUUUGUCAGUAGCAUGUUGUUGCAAUAUGUGCUUUUCUCUGGAAUGUGCAUUUUUUUUAAAUGUUUUUUAUUUUUUAUUUAAUCAUUAGAAAUGUCUUUAUUUUUAUAAAAUGGGUAGUGAAAUGCUUUUGUCAGUGCAUGUUGAUUUGUCACUGACGUAGUAAUGCAUUAAGCUGUUAUUUAUUUUUAAAUCCCACAGAAGAUGCCCACUCCUGCAAUACAAGCUGUCAAUGAUGAGGUUUCCAUGGCUGGUAACUUGGGAUUCAUCCAUGCAUUCGUGGCUGCUAUAUCUGUGAUCAUCGUUUCAGAGUUGGGAGAUAAGACCUUUUUUAUUGCUGCCAUAAUGGCUAUGAGAUAUAACCGCCUCACCGUACUUGCAGGAGCUAUGCUUGCCUUGGGUCUAAUGACCUGUCUAUCAGGUGAUUAGUCAUUUUCUUAACGCUAUGAGUGUAAACCAGUUUGAAUAACACUGGUCCAAUUUUAAUUUUUUCUCUUCCCAUUUAAUGAACCUGCCUAGUUUCCGACCAAUAGAUUGUUGCAGUAAAGGGAUAUAUAUAUAUAUAUAUAUAUAUAUAUAUAUAUAUAUAUAUAUAUAUAUAUAUAUAUAAUUAUUGAAUGCUGGCCAUUUAAUGGCUGCUUGAAUAGCAGUCUCAUCGAUUGUACAAGACCAGAACAUUGCAUGAUACACCCAUGAAGCAUGUGAGCAAAUGUAAUUUGUUUUCUUGGUUGACAUGCACCUUAAGCUCUUCUCAGACUUUCUUUCAAUAUAGAAUCACGGUACAUUGGCAUUAAUUAAACACACCCAAACUUGUUUGUCAUACUGAACUGUAUGACAAAUCAAACCACGCAUUCCCAGGAAAGCAAUUGUACAAAUAAAUGUGCCCAUAUGGCUUUGUUAACCAUUUUUGUGAAAAUUAUAAUUACUAAAUUAUUACAAAAGAGGCUUCACGGAAUCCAAUAUUAUACAGACCCUUUGUACAGCGCUGCUGAAUCUGAUGGCGCUAUGUAAAUAAUAAAAUAAUACAUGAAUAUGUUUUGUUUGGUUUGCUUAAAGCAUUGUAUCUAUGAAGUAGUAGUGCUGUGUGUUACUCAGUGCCAUGGCUUUUAGCUACUGAAUGUAUUAAAAUGUUUCACUCUGUAAUUUAGAUUUGAUGCAGUGACUGAUCCCUUUAUUGAACAUUAGCAAACUAAUUUUUUUUCCCUGUUACAAAGUAAUAUCUUAUGUUUCUUCUUUCAGUUUUGUUUGGGUAUGCAACAACUGUCAUUCCAAGGGUCUAUACAUAUUAUGUGUCUACUGCGCUUUUUGCCAUAUUUGGUAUUCGAAUGCUGCGGGAGGGCUUAAAGAUGAGUCCUGAUGAAGGCCAGGAAGAACUUGAGGAGGUUCAAGCAGAAAUCAAAAGAAAAGAUGAAGAAGUAAGUUUUUUAAAGUAUUGGUUGCUUGUAUGAGGUUUUAUUGCACUUAGACAGUACAUGUGAUAAAAUAUCUCUGUUGGUUUUUGCAAAUAUUGCUAAAUGGUCCAGUCAUUCCAGGCUCUGCUGUAAUUAAAAGUGGGACUGUCACUUCACUGAAUUGUUCAUACUAUGUUUACUUGUCACCUAUGUUUAACUAAUAUGUAUUUGUGAGAAAAUGAAAUGUAGAAAUCCUACAACUGGGAUACUCCAUCUUGGCUCCCUGUUAUAAGCACCGUGCUUUGCACCUUUCAGUCAACAUAAAGAAAGCAUACAGAGAUGAGAAGAAUUUAACCUAUGUAUGCCUUGGUUGAACUACAUUGUGAUAUCAUUUAGGUUUUUUUUUUUUUUUUUUUUUUUGGGGGGGUUUUUAAAUAAAAUGGAGAAUCACAUAAAGUUAACACACGUUAGACGUGCUUUUCAAUAUUUUAUUUUUCAAUGGUGUGAUUUUCAAAGAAGUGAUGGUUCGCCACAUAUAUAUUUCAUAUUUUCAGUUACUGUAUUUAUUUAUUUUUAACUGUUUUAUGCUAGUGACAAAUGUAUAGCAAGAAGACAAUUCAUCCACCUGGCUGUUCUUUGCUUAUAUAUAAUGCAAAAUAAACACUCAAGGCAGGAUUUACUUUCCUGUUUUAUCACAUGUUCUGACUGACUCCAUUUGUUUUUUUUGUGGAUGCUAGACAAGCUUGUUUAGUGCUCCAGAACUAGAGGCAAUCAGUUCUGUUUAUUACAAUGUCACACAGUAAGGAACAUGUGUUUGCUUUGUCUCACUACUUUGCAGCUGGCUUUAAUUUAUAUUAAAGUCAAUGUUAUAUGGAUUUGAUUGCCGUUCCAGUAGUGCAAGGUGCUUUAUAUAUGUCGCUUGGUAACUGCAAGGCUGACUGCCAGGUUCUGUGAUAAGUGACAUGCUUUGAAAGUAUUUUAGCAUAGGCUUCAUGUUAGAUUAGUAGCUAGUUGGUCCAGAAACAUUUCAAGUCUACUAAAAUUUAUUUUGUUUACUUUGGCUUAGCUUGUGUUUUUGGUUAUACUCAACCUUGUGAUAACACUUGUAGGAGAUAAACAAUACUGAUUAACUCUCUCCUCCACUCCUUUGUCUUGAAUUGUCUAAAUUAAAAGUUCAAAAGUUUGUGGGCUGAAAAGCUGUGCUUAUGACUGUAGCAUAGUCUUUGUUUUAUCUUUUCAACUUCUAUAAUUUUCUUGUGUUUGUCUUAAGCUUCAGAGAUCUAAACUACUCAAUGGACCUGGGGACAUAGAAGCUGGUGGAGGGCCUGCAACACCUAAGAAGAGAUGGAUGCAGUUUAUAUCGCCAAUAUUUGUUCAGGCUUUCACAUUAACAUUCUUAGCAGAGUGGGGUGAUCGCUCUCAACUCACAACAAUUGUUCUGGCUGCAAGAGAGGUGAGUACUGAAAGAUUUUUACAAACCUUAUUAACGCUGUACAUCACAAUAUGAACAUUACUGCAUUUGCUUAUACCCUUCAUAAUUUCAUAACAGCAACGUUUUAUAGAAUUGAUGGUUUUAUGAUUCUUUGUGUGCACAAAGAGCUAUGUAUUGCGUGCCCUUUAUGUGUCACAACUGUCUUCAUAUUUAUGAAAACCUUUAAUUAUUCAUAUAUUUCAACUAGUAAAGCCAGUGAACAAUUUACAUAUGAAAGGGUUUAUAAUUUUAGAUGCAGGCUGUCCUUUAGAUCUUGCUCCUGUAUGCUGUAAAAUGCUUAAUCCUUAAUAUGGUCGAGUAUUUGUAUUCCUUGUAUAUACACCUUUUAAAGCAGUUAACCCAGUGGUUCCCAAACAUUUUAAGUUUAAGGCGCCCUGAAGAUUUCAAUAUGUUUACAAAGCGCUCCAAGUCAAAAAUGUUUCUAGGUUGUAUAUAUGUACAGCGCUGUGACAUAUACUGGGCCCCUGUUAGGCAGAAAUGCUUGCCUUUCAGGCGCAGAUCCAGAACCUAAUCUUGGGAGGGGCACUGGUAGAUUAUUUAAAGAAACAAUCCAGGCACAAUAACCACUACAUCACUUUGUAGUGGUAAUGGUGCCAGUAGUGCCAUAGUGCUCUCCCAGGGUAAGUAGUCAAACUGUUUAAAAACAGUUUGACAACUUACCUGGGAUCUGCUGUGUGUGUGUUUUACAGGGGUGCAUUGUGCUUGUGAAGGAUGUAGUGUGUGUGUGUGUGUGUGUGUGUGUGUGGUGGGGAGGGGACAGGUUGUGUGAGGGGUACAGUGUUGGUAUAGAGGGGUAGUGUGUGUGGUGGGGGGAGGGGGGGGCAAAGUCAUAAAUAUAUAAAUAAUAAUUUUCAUAUCCCUCCUCCCUGCUUACCUUUUCCUGAGAGGGUGGUCCGGUGGAGAAAUCCUGGUGGUCAAAGUUGUGAGAGUGAACUCUAGCAGCCUCAGGAGCUGCUAGAGUUCACUCUUGCGAGAUUCGGAGUGUUGCCGUGGUAACUGCGGCAAUGCUCCGAGCUGCCGAGAGGAGAACCCGGCGGAGCUGCAGGUUAGAGCUCCCCUGGGUCCUCAGUCACCAGCCUGCUACCAGCAUUAUUACACUGCUAGCGAACCGGUGAGGGAGAUCUCUGAUCUCCCCUCCGGUCCUGCAGAGCUGGCAGGGGAGAGUGAGGCACGGUUCCCGAUGCUAUGAUCAUAGCAUCGGGGAAAUUUCUUGCGGCGCCACGGCACACAGUUUGGGAACCGCUGAGUUAACCUAUAGAAAACUGAGCAGUGGAUCUUAAAGGAAUAAAGGCUCAAAAUUACAGUUUUAUGCAAAAUAUAGAUAAUGCAAAAAAGUAACAAACUAUUUUCCUUGAGCAACAGCACUUGCACAGGUAAGUGCAGAUGGAAGUAUCCUCCCUCACGAGAAAGAGGCUCAACCAAUCAGGAGCCUUCCAUUCUGGACUUUGGAGUUCAUUAUCACACAAAACUCUUGUCUAGUAAAGGUUUAUAAAAUAUGUAGUGUAUCCACAGUUUUACUUAUCACAGGGAAUGAGUGAACCUGCUUUGUAAGAUUUUUGCAAUCAUAACAUGGCUGUCAGUUUAUACACAGACCAAUGCACAGUUUUGUACAUUGGGCUGUAUGCAGCAGUCUCCAAAGCCAUUGACUUGAGCACUCUUCAUGGGAGGAGAGCGGAUGUGCGCAAGUGGAUCUGAGAUAGAUACUUCCCAUUUAAAGCUUGGACUGUAGGUAUGCCUUGGAUUGCAUUGGGACGCACUCCUCCACACCAUAACCUUUAAGAUGAAAAGUUGUGCCCAGAGGGGCCUUUUUAAGGGAUGUAACUUGCUUGAUGUAUCAUUCUAUACCUGUAAUGUUCAAACUGCAUGCACAUGUGUAGCAGCCAGUUGACCUCAUGUAUGGUGAUUCUGGAGUUCUUUACCUUUCUCGAUCUGUAGGAUCCAUUUGGAGUUGCUGUUGGGGGUACGAUCGGACAUUGCCUUUGUACUGGUUUAGCAGUUAUUGGAGGAAGAAUGAUAGCGCAAAAAAUUUCAGUUAGAACAGGUAAAUAUAUGAGUAAAACCGAAUGUAGAACUGUCACAAAUGGUAUCUUUAUUUGCAUGCAAAUCAUGUUUUUCGAUAUUAGAUAUUGCAUUGAUCAGAAGAAACUAGUUUACCGAUCAUAUCCGGUUUUGUUUUUUUAGAUUUUUAAAAAAAUUUUUUUUUUAUUGCUGGUGAUGAAAACGUCUUUAGGAGAUACCAGUUGAACAUGUUACAUAUAGGGCCAUUUAUCCUCCUGUUGCUAUUUAUGGGAGGUUAGGUUGGCAGAAAUUCUGUUUUAAUGUUCACUGGUUCUUGAAUAAACUAAUGUACAUAAUCUAUUAAAUAGUUUUAUGUUAAUGUGAAAUUUUAAUGUGACAAAGGUCAUUUAUGUUCUCAAAUGUAGAAAGUGUGGAUAACUGUGACUAUAAGAUUUUUGUGUGUGCUGGCAAGGACAGAUUUUACGUAUUGCAUCUGAGUAAUAACCUUUUUUGUGUUUUUCAGUGACAAUCAUCGGCGGUAUUGUGUUUCUGGCGUUUGCUUUUUCAGCUUUAUUUAUAAGCCCGGAUUCUGGCUUUUAGCACUUUUUCUGGAAUGCUAAUUCAGUCUGGAUAAGGCCUGUUUUGUACUGUAUUGCUGUAUAUAUUGUACAAAUUGUAGUUAACAUCGAGAGAUUCGCUGUAUAGAACCAUUCACUGGUAAUGACUAUUUUUUUUAGUCUGAGUGUAUGUGAUCUACUUUGCUCAAGUAUUAACUGCUGGGAGAUGUUGAAGGAUUUUUUUUUUGUUCUUUUUUCAAUGUACAACUUUACAGUCUGAAACUGUAGUUUAUCAUGCAUCUCCACUAUAUUUGCUAUUACUGCGCAUUAAUAGCGCACAGUAAUUAGUCAUUAAGUUGUCAAUAUUUGACAUGGAAGAUAUUCUGGCAUUGGGAUGCUGCAGAUGGUGUAUUUAAAUCAGAACAUCUAAUACUCCUGAAGAACACGAGGCAUGAUUUUAUAGCGUACAUUGCAAAACCAUAAGAUUUAAAGACCUUGGAAUUCUCCGAUCAUUACUUGUAGUUGCCUACCUGUAGUUACUAGUUUAUUUUAAGGAAAUCCUUACUCUGUGGCUGAGAUCACAUACUGUGCAUAUCAUGCUAUGGGGUGUUUAUCUCUGGACCUUUAGAAACAUGGGCUAAAGUUCUGUCUAAGCCCUUUUGUUUGUUUUUAUUUUCCCCCCAAUUCAUUGGGAUUCUCGAAUGUCUAUUUUGUUUUUUUGUAUUUGGUUGAACUUUCUGUUUUUCUUAGAAUGUAUGAUCUGCAGGUCCCUCUAAUCCCAUAUACGCAUUUAUUUAGUAUCUGUGAUGAACCAUUUGUUCAUCAACAAGUAUAAUGGAUCAAAACUGUGUGUAAUGUUACAAGCUGCAUUAUAACUCAUAGAUUCUAUUGCACUUGAAUAGUUUUGUGCCACAAAGUGGAAUAUAGGUGACACCAGGACUUUCAGGUGUCUUUUGUGUCACAUAUGGGGGUUGGCCCACAACCACUACAUUCGUUGAUAGUGAUUAUGGUACAUUGACAUUAUUUCACUUUCUAGUUUCCCAUAAUGUCAUUCUAAACCAAAAUUAAAUGAAUACACUGCUACCUGCCCGGUGUAAAAGUAGGUACAUACCCUGCUUUUUAUUGCAUAUACUCUGGCAGCUCAUCUGGUUAUUAAAAACAAAACAAAAAAACACGUAUUGCCUUACUACUUUGUGGAGCAAAUGUGUUUCAAAAUAUUGAAAAAGAUACCUCAGAAUUUUCCUAGAAGUUUAUAUUGAUAAUCGUGUUCCUUUUCAGGUAACGUUGCCAUUAGACUGAAGCAGUGUACUGUAAUAUAGCACAGAUUUGUUUCAAUCAGUCAUUUUAUUAACAUUUAUACGUGGAGUCAGUGUUUUGUAAUAAUAAUGUUACAGGCUGCUGUGCACAUCGUUAUGUAUUUUCAUUUUAUAAUGCACCAAAACCAGGACCUGGUACAAAGUCAAAUGUUUUCAUUUGCUUGAAUUCCAAAGGCACUGUUAAUCAUUGGGGGAAUCUGCUUGUGUGAAUGUGAUAAAAAAUAUUGUGAACUGUACACUAUUAAAACCGUUUUAAAGUA